CACGGUCGCAUGAGCAGCAGUGGCACCGCUCCGGCCUCGAAUGCACGGUGGCGAGAGCAGCACUGCCCGGGCCUCGAACCCGUGGCUCUCCGGGAGCGGCAUGGCCCUCCAACCCGAGUCUCCGGCAGCGGCACAGCGCGGGCCUCGAACCUGCAGUUCUCGGGCAGCGCCACGCCCCGCCCCACGCACGUGGCGCGGGGUCCUCGCGGCGGGCUGCCCGCGGCGAGCGCCUGCGCGGCGGGCUCGGCGUUCUGCCGGCGCGGGCGGUUCGCGGGGCAGGCGCGGGGUCCUGGCGGGUGACUUUGAGCGGGCAGCAAUGGCGCAGGCGGCGCAGAAGCUCACGCAGCGCCUUGCCGCCCGCGGGCCGCAGCUCCUCAGCGCCGCCGUGGCCUACUCGAAGCCGCGCCUGGCCACGUUCUGGUACUACGCCAAGGUGGAGCUGGCCCCACCGAGCCCCGCCGAGAUCCCCCGCGCCAUCGACGGCGUGAAGGGCUUGGUCAGGGCCUUCCAGACCGGCCGCCUGACCCAGCUCACCGUCAGGGAAGCGCUGAGGAACGGGCUGGUGGCCACCGAGGUGCUGAUGUGGUUUUACAUCGGGGAAAUCAUCGGCAAGGGCGGCCUGAUCGGGUACAACGUCUGAGGGGAUGCUGGAAAUAAAGCGGGAACCGGU